UUGCUUUCUAAUUCCUCAACACAAACCAAAAUCUCCCUCAGCUUUUGUCCUCCUCUAGGUGGGGAUAGUGGAUUCUUGUUUUCUUACACCAAAAAGCAAGCACCAGCUUUUAGUGAGGACCAUCACCAAUAACAAAAAACAGAAAGAUAGAGAAGACACAAAGAAGCUUCUAUUAACCUUUUGCAGUCUCCGGUUCCAAUGUCAAAUAUUUCAGGUGAUGAAGGAAGCUUUUCCUCAGGAAACAAUGGGGAAGAAGUUCAUCAAGAAAACCAGCAGCAACAGCUACAAAACCAACUUCAUGACUCAAGUUCAGGACCAUCCAGUGCUUGCAAUAGCAAUAGCAAUGCCUCCACUAAUCAACAACAAACCAAGAAGAAAAGAAACCUUCCUGGAACCCCAGGCAAAUGUUCAACAACCCCAACUUCAAUUUUUUUUUUUUAUCCUAAUGCUGAAGUUGUUGCGUUAUCACCAACCACGCUAAUGGCAACAAAUAGAUUCGUGUGUGAGAUCUGCAACAAAGGAUUUCAGAGGGACCAAAACCUUCAGCUGCACCGCAGAGGUCACAAUCUUCCAUGGAAACUGAGGCAAAGAACAAGCACUGAAGUGAAGAAACGGGUUUAUGUGUGCCCUGAGCCAUCAUGCGUCCACCAUAACCCAGCUCGUGCAUUAGGAGACCUCACCGGAAUCAAAAAGCAUUAUAGCCGCAAACACGGUGAGAAGAAAUGGAAAUGUGACAAGUGCUCUAAAAGAUACGCAGUCCAAUCUGAUUGGAAGGCCCACCAGAAAACUUGUGGCACUAGGGAAUACAAAUGUGAUUGUGGAACCAUAUUUUCCAGGAGAGAUAGUUUUAUCACACACAGAGCUUUCUGUGAUGCAUUAACUGAGGAAAACAACCGAGUGAACCAGGGAUUAACAAGUGGCAUGCCACCAAGCCUGCAAAGUCAAAUACCUGAUCUUAUGUCUACCAUGCCUCUGAGCACUAGUCCCAACACAUCAUCAAAGUUCGGGGACUAUGACCCUAAGAACCCACUAAAAUCACUCCCCCAAGAACUAGUCCCAAUACCAUUCAAGUCCAUGAGCAUGGGUGGUGGCAUGUUCUCCACCAAUGCAGGUGCACUUUUUGGUGGCCCAAAAUCCAUGUCUCCCUCUUCUUCAAGCCUUCAACUAGGCUCCAACACCUCAUCAAGCUUCAACUACUUGCAAGACAACAAAAACGGAGGCCUCAUUGCUGGCUCAGCACAGAUGUCAGCAACAGCUUUACUACAAAAAGCAGCACAAAUGGGAGCCACUGCAAGCAAUAGCAUUAACUCCCCCAUGAUGCAAAAAGGCUUUGUUAGUGCUCCUGAUCAUGUUUCUUCCACUAGGCCACCACCAUAUUCUGGUGCUAUGCUGCACCAUAACACCUCAUAUGACCACUUCUCUCCACAGCCUGAUCUGUCCACCAUGGCUGGGGUGAGUAGUGGAGGAGCAUUCAUCAAUCAUUUGUUUCAAAAAGGACAAGAGAUUUCGCAAGUUUUUGACACCAACACUACCGGGUCUUCAAUCAAUGAUGCAGGAAUGUUCAGCCAAAUGCCAAUGGGAAGUGAUCACACCCCAGGAUUGAUGAAGAACGUGGAACAAGAGGUUAGUAAUAGUACGAGUUUGAUCCAUGGAAGAGAUGUGGCAGAAGGUAGCACAAUGCAGCCAUCGAGGUUUGGAGGGAGUGACAUGACAACGGUUCAUGAUUUCCUUGGCAUUGGUGGUUCAACUUCAAGAGCAGCAAGUUUGCAUGAACCACAGCAACAUUUGGAAGCAUUAAGCCACCAGAGAUCAGAAGUUAUGAAUCAUUUUCAUCACCAUUUUCCACACGAUGAUUCAGCUAUGGAGGAACCCAUGUGGGAUGUUUGAGAUCAGAUACAAAUCAUGUUCUUUAGUUGUGUUUGUUGAACCCAGAAAUUGUGAAGCCUGUAUGGUUUUGAUUAUACAGAAUUGGCCAGCAAAGCGUGAAAGGUUUGAAUGGUUAGAACUGGAUACGAAACUGAAUAUUUAGCCAAUUUCAAUGCUGAG